AUGCUGAUAUUCCUCUUCUUGCUCCCCCUCGCUGCGCAUAUGGGCAACGCUCAGGCUGACCCCAACCAUCUCCCCCGCCUCCGCGCUCGCCAGAACACGGCAAACAGCACGGCAUCCCGUCCCACAAGUACUCGUACGAGUGCAUCUCCCACCCGAGCCGGCAGCUGCACAUCUCAGGGCUGGGCUUCGUGUGGUAGCGUUUGCAUUGAUGUCGCGAAAGGCGCAACAUGUUGUGACACCAGAGCUAGCUAUUGUACGUUACCCACCCCCUGGAUUAAUGAGUAGCGAUUAAAGGCUCCAGGGUGUAUGCCAGGAACCUCCUGUCUCUUCAACGGUAUCUGCUGCCCCAACAAAGUGGAUCGCGGAGCAUGCGCCAGUAUCUCCAGUCUUCAACUUCUCGGCAACAUCGGGUCUUCCACAUCCGUGGCCCUGAAAAAAACAUCUCCAAGCUCCGUUAAGAAUACAAAGGUGCCCACCUCGUUCCCCACGGUCGACGAAGACAUGGUGGCGCCAAAAAAAGCAGCGCCAUCCACCACCACCUACGGCCCCAUUACAGCCACCGUCGGCGACAACCCUGUGACCUUGGCCUUCUCCGGGGAGGUCCUCCCGCUUCAAACCGUAGCGAAUCAUAAGCCGGUCCCCGGCAGGUUUAAAGAUGCCGUGCUUGCAGCACUGGCCGGGGACCCCGAUACUAACGCAUUCGGGGACCUGCUGGCCCAGGCGCCAUCAGUCUUUGAGGGCCUCGAGGAAGGAAAGGAAUACUACCUCUUCGCGCCAACAACCCGAUUCGUUGUGGACUUCCUCAUGGGUUUGCAAGACCAUCCACCCGGAUUGGUCCCCCGCAAGGUGUUCGCCGACCCCAACCUGAGCCACCAGUUUGCGGAGAAGCCCAAGGACGGUCCGGAUAUCAAGCGCGUGUCUACCACCCUCAAGACGGCUCUGGUGGGCAAAACCAAAUAUGCCGACCUCGGCGAGGGUGAAAGCGCUCGCGUGGUCUCAAAUCCAACAGGGAGCGGGGACGGUUCUGUUGAGAUCGUCUCCGGACUUGGGCAUUCGACGUUGGUGCACCCCGACGAGAUACUCUUCGAGGGUGGUGUCAUCAUGAAGUGCGACGGGUAAGCACCCCGCUGCUCCCAUUCCGGUGCAGAAGCAGCAGCAGCUCGCGGGGCUAACACUGCUAAAGCUUUUUUACCCUCCCACGCGCGAUUGAAACCGUCUUUGCCGGUACUAGCGGCCGAUUAUGGUCCACGGCAUUGCAGAAGGCGGAUAUGUUGAAAGAGAUAUCGGGAAAAUCAAAGGUGACAAUAUUCGCCGUUCAGGAUUCCGCCCUAGACGAGAACGAAGAUCUACCCGGGUCCGAUCUAAGCCGGUACAUCCACGACGGCCUUUCCUACACACCAGGCAUGAGUGAUCAGCCCUGCUUGCCGACGAGAGAUGGCGGCUCGAUACGCAUCACCACGGAGGGCGACGACAGAUUCGUCAACGGCAUCCGGAUCUCCACGUCCAAUGUCUUGGCCAAGAAUGGUGUCAUCCAUUAUCUGGAGGGGAAGGUGCGUUACACAUUCUCUACUCCCGCGAAAACUCCUUACUAAGUGGGGUUUAGAUUCCUCGAGCCGAUAAAUGCCCAGACCCCCAGAAGGAUCCUACCGAUGAUUCUGCCAGCUCAGCCGUGCCCCUUUCCAUGCUAACCGUUCUUGGCCUAUCGGCCGCCAGCCUUGCUAUGUAUUUGGGCGUGUAAAGCUAUGGACCGGUUAUGGAGGUGAUUGUGUCGAUAAGGAUGAUUACCCUCUAGAUGUAUGAUAGCCGGAUUUUGGGGGGGGGGGGGGGGGCAUGGGGUAAUCGCGAACGGUAUAAGCAGUGAACUUCCAGGCAAAGGCUGGCGAAGGGGUAGUGGAAUUAGUUGUAAUCGAGGGAGCAGCUUUGCUGCUAUGAUGCUUCUUA